AUAAAACUCAUCAUCAUCCAAAGACAACAUAGGACUCUCCAUCUCGAACUCUCGAAGUCCCCUUUUUCGCAGUUCAGUGCAUUUAUAAUCUGGGUAUAAACAAAACCCUAAUCUUGAAACGGUCAUAUACACGUGCAGUGAACGCUAUGUCGGAGAACGACCCUCUGCCGGAUGAUCUCCGGUGCAAACGGACCGAUGGCAGGCAAUGGCGGUGCAAGCGGCGCGUCCUGGAAGGGAAGAAACUCUGCGAUCUUCACCACAUGCAGGGCCGCCACCGGCAGAUGAAGCAGAAGGUCCCGGAUUCUCUCAAAUUCGAACGGGCGAGGAACAUAAAGAUCAAGAAUAGCGGCGAAAUUGGGGUCUCCAAGAAGAAAUUGAAGGCUUCUAAGCGGAAACGCUGCGUUUCGGAGGCUUUGGAUGAGGCAUUGAAGAGGAUGGAGCUGAAGAGAGGGGAUUUGCCACUGGAGCUGAUUCGGGUUUUCUUGAAAAGGCAAGUAGAGAAGAGGAAACAGAAAGAGUUGAAGAACUCGGUCGAAUUAACUCGUGAAUUACCCAAUGCUGUUAUGGCUAUUCCCAAUUUGCCUUCUCAUGAUCCUAGCAACUCCACCUGUUCUUCUUCUAACAUUAAAUUGGGAGUGAAUUUGAGCCCGUUCUCAGCCAGACAUUUUCGGUCAAAGAAUAUUGAACCACUUCCCAUCAGUACAAUGCAGGCUCUGCCGUUAUCAAAGAAUAUGAGGAAAGUUAAGAGGAAGAAAUGCCACUGGUGUAGAAGAACCAACUACAGGACUUUAAUCAAGUGCUCAAGUUGCAAAAAGCAAUUCUUUUGCACAGAUUGUAUUAAAGAACGGCACCUCGAGAGGCUUGAAAUUCAGGGUUCAUGCCCUGUCUGCCGUGGCUGUUGCAACUGCAGAAUCUGCACAAAAUCAAAACCCAAGGAUACCAACUACAUCAAGGAAUUUUAUAGGGAUAAGAAAAAGGUAAGAAAAAGUCGUUUGCUUUAUUAUCUGGUCAAUGCCCUUCUUCCAGUGCUGGAAAAGAUUAUCCAAGACCAGUACAUUGAGUUGGAGGUAGAAGCUAACACAACAGGAAAACCAUAUUCCAUAGUCCAGAUACAACACGCUACAAUGGGCUUUGAGAAUUCAUAUUGCUGGGAAACUUCACUUGACCUUAUUCAUGACACAAAUUUCGGGAUUUUGACGGGACUGACCGUUUUCGGCUGAUGUGUGUAUAUAUGAAGACUCUGAAAAACUAAAAAUAGUUCCCCAUCUGAAGCAUCCAAAAUUGUCUAGCAGCAUGUGUUUCGCUUGAAGUUUACUGUAAUCCUGCUUUUUUAAGCAGUAAUUGUAAGACUUCCAUUCUAGAUUUCCAUCGCAGCUGCUCAAGCUGCUCUUUUCUACUUUGCAUCAAUUGCUGCUCUGACCUUCGGCAGAGAUAUAAAUCUUUUUCUGGCGUGGAUGAUGGUGAUGUCAGCAUAUCUUGCCCAUCUACUGAAUCUGGUGGCUGCAGUGGUGGUAUUCUUCAAUUAAGAUCUCUGUUUCCUUGCAAUUGGCUUAAAGAGAUAGAAGCUAGUGCUCGGGAAGCAUUAUGCAGCAGCAGAAGGUUUGAUGAAACUAAAGAAGUUGAUAAUAAUGACACUGCAGUAAAUAAUUUGCUCAUGGAGAUGGCUCAAAGGCUCGAUUCGAAUGACAACUUUCUGUACUGUCCAAUUUUGAAGGAUCUUCAAUUUGAAAAUUUUAACAAGUAUUGGGGGAAGGGACAUCCUGUUAUUGUAAGAAGCGUGCUCCGAAGUUCUUCAGAUCUGUCAUGGGAUCCUGUUUUUAUGUUCUGCACUUAUCUUGAGAAGAGGUCUAAGUUUCCAAAGGAGAAAGAGGCAAAAAGAACACCAGAUUCCUUGGACUGGUGUGAGGUAGAAAUUGCCACAAAGAAGACAUUUAUGGGCUCAUUGCAAUGGCAAACACAGGCAACUAUUAGGAAGCAGACGGUUAAGCUUAGAGCAUGGCUUUCUCCCUAUUUAUUUGAAGAACAGUUUCCACUCUAUUACGUUGAAAUCAUGCGAGCGUUGCCAUUCCAGGAGUAUAUGAAUCCCAAAUCUGGUGCCCUUAAUUUAGCUCUGAAUGUACCAAGGGAGACACAACCACUUGACCUUGGCCCUUCAAUCUAUAUUUCAUAUGGUGGGUCUGAAGAGCUCGUGAGAACUGAAUUCGCUACUAACCUUUGCUUUGAGCCAUACGAUGUGGUUAACAUUUUAGCAUAUGCUGCUGAUGCACCCAUUUCUAAAGAACAGCUUUGCAAAGUAAAAACUUUAAUGAAAAAGAAGAUUCACAUGAAGGAUCAGACAGAAACUACAAGCACUUCUACCGAGCAUAGAGGAAAAUCAUCCCUACAGAGUGAAGAUACCGAUGAGUCGGGCUUGCAGGAUGUGAAUGCAGAACAAGGCCAGUUGCCUGAUGCAAUUGCCAAAGUGCCCUUCUACUCGGCUGAUUCGCACACAAAAGCCCAAACGGUCCUGGAGGAAAGUAAUAUGCUUACUGAUAGUGAAUGUGAUGCAGGAUCUGAUUCAGACAUCUCAAUUCUCUGCUCUGAAUCAAUUGACAGAUUGACAGAUUCAGAAAAUGAUGAUCCCUUUCACGAAAGUUGUAUGGAAAAAGUGACUGCAAUUUCUGGGGCUCAGUGGGACAUUUUCCGCCGACAAGAUGUACCAAAACUUCUAGAAUAUCUCGGGAAGCACUCUAAGGAGUUCACCUCUUCUUGCUGUUACUCUAAAAAAGUUCUGCAUCCAAUUCUUGAUCAAUGCUUCUUUCUGGAUGCGUAUCAUAAACUGAAGCUUAAGGAGGAAUUCGAUGUACAACCAUGGACCUUUGAGCAACAUCCUGGUGAAGCUGUUACCGUGCCAGCUGGAUGCCCAUAUCAAGUGCGACAACUUAAGUCAUGUGUCAACAUUGUUUUGAACUUUCUAUCACCCGAAAGUGCUGCUGAGUGCAUCCGUUUGACCGAUGAGAUCCGGCUCCUUCCAGGACAUCACAAAGCCAAAAAGAAAUUGAUGGAGGUUAAAAAAAUGGCUAUAUGUAGCAUCCAAGAUGCAGUUGACAAAAUUCAAGAUAUCACUAAUACACGUACUUGAAUCGUUCUGAUAAGUCAAAGCUAUCCAACAUGAAGAUAUCUCAAAGCUCGGCUGGACCGUAUCCCAAAGGAAGAGCUCUCUUGUCCUUUUGUUGUUGAGAAAGCUGCAUUAUAUUAGCUCCUUUUAUACAUAUCUUCGUAAUUGGUUAAUUGAUUUACUAUCCGAACGGGUUUCAUCUUCAUUUUCAUCUCAGUGACUGACAUGAUUAAGCAAAGGCAAUAAGAAUUUAUUUGGUGACAAUGUGGGGUUUGACCGGCGAUCUCAUUAGUGGAACUUCUUCAUAUGCUAACAAAAUUUUAUUCACUUGUAAAUUGUUAGGUGUAAUUGCGUAAAUAACAAUAGCUUUCCUUUUCUCUAGGCGUACACAAUUUUGGUACUUGCCAAUUAUUUGGUUUAUUCAUUUGUUAAGCGGGGUUUUAUGCUAUGGUUAUUUCUGGCUAGAAUAAUGAGAAUUAUAUUUCAAGAGAAAAUGCAAUCCGCCUUUCUUAA